CAGGUGUGGGCAGAGGGAGCUGUACACCACAGAGGCCUGUUUGACCGCACAGUGUCCGACAUCAGGUGGAGACAAAAGUGAGACGUGCUGAGUCGUGUGCUCGUGUCUCUGUCAGUGACUCCAUGUCGUCACCGUGUCUGAGCAGCGUUCUGACUCACGCCAACCUAACCAUGUACCACUCGGCUGUGUCUGACAUGCUGUCACAGCAGACGGGCUUCCUGACCACCGUCAACAUCACUGAACCCGACCGCAACCCAACUGGUCAAUGUUACCGCCAAAUGAGUCCUCACUAUUGGACAACAGAAGACGUUCUGGACUGGAUCAGCGACCACGUGGAGAACACAAAGUUUGAUGCAAGCAGUUUGAGUCUGGCUGACUGCACCAUGGAUGGCCCCGCCCUCUGUCAGAUAAGCCAAGACCAGAUGGCCUGGCUUUUUGGACCACAGCUUGGGCCACACCUUCACCAGUGUCUGGAAGAACAAAAGACCAAAUAUGAGCUGCCAAACCUGUCCACACAUGAGCUCAAUGAGACCUGCCAGCUCCUGGACAAGUUUUUGGACAAGCUGAACUUUCCUUUGCUCAGCACCAUCAGAAUUGGCCAAACACCUGCUGAAGUGAUCAGCAAGAAGGAGUUUGACUUCAUUGAUGAUUAUGAUCUGACAAAGGUAACUGUGGAACCUGUAGUACCCCUGGAGGAUUCUGAGUACCUGUCUGACACUCUGUCUGAGAGUGAGUACAGCUCCUUGUCCAUCGGUGGCACGUUUGGCAUCUCGAGCAUUGGCUCUCCAGAGUCCAGGAGUGGGGAAUCAGACCCAGAGUUCUCAUAUCCUCUGAUUUCCAGGUCCCAAAUCAAAACAGAGAAAGGAUCCAAACGACCCCGGGGCCGACCUCCUAAGCUCAGCAGAGGUCACAGCAGUAACGUCUUUGACCAUCCCAAAAAAAACAAACACACACCACGGGGGGCUCACUUAUGGGAGUUCAUCAGGGACAUCCUGAUACACCCCGAGAGGAACCAGGGCCUGAUGAAAUGGGAAGACCGGCGUGAGGGUGUCUUCAAGUUCCUCAAAUCUGAGGCCGUGGCUCAGAUGUGGGGUCAGAAGAAGAAGAACAGCAGCAUGACAUACGAGAAACUGAGCCGUGCCAUGAGGUACUACUAUAAACGUGACAUCCUGGAGCGAGUAGAUGGUCGAAGACUGGUUUACAAGUUUGGAAAGAAUUCCAGUGGCUGGAAGAUAGAAGAAAUAGGCAUGUGAGGCAUCAGUCCAAAACUUGGCUUCUUUCUGGUUUCUAGUUUCCAGAAGCUGAUCAUACUUGUGUAAGACAAAAAUGUUCAAGACACUAACUUCCUCUUAGAAGGAAGGUGUCAAAGAAAAUGUAAGCCAGUGUUUUUGGCUCUAGUAGGUUUUAUGAACCAAUAUUGUUGUUUUAAUUGUGUAUGUUUGUGACAGUUUCCACAAAAGCUUUAAGAUGUUUGUUGGAACAAAGCUGGACAUCAUUUUGACACUUUCUCUUGACAGCAAGAGGACAAUGAAGAGGAAUGAUGUCUUUUUUUCCUCUUUGUUUGUUUGUUUGUUUGUUUUGGGGAUAUGUGGAUAUAUUGACCAUAUGACACUGGGUAUAUUUCUUACAUUUAUAAUGCCUGAAAAUGUUUAUUUGUUUAUUUGUUUUGCUUUUUAACAUUUCACACAUUUGUAUACAAAAUCAUUUGACUCUUCAUUGUUGAUGUAAAAUUGGAAAUAAAUUUGUCUAAUGCUGAUGAACUUACUGUGAAGGACAAAGAUUAAAUGGAGCGAAGUGCAGUCAGUAGAAAUGUCUUGAGUAGUAAUCAUGUAUAUAUAGCAUGGCUUAUACUCACUGCACCAGUACCAGUGUAGAGUUAAAAUGACUGGAUGAGUGAAUUAGUCCCAGCUAGCACGUGUCAUCAAUAACUCAAAAGCAAUAAAUAAGACACAGUCUGAAGGCUGUCAUCUCGUAAACCAGCAAAUAAAUACAACGCAUAAUGAAGACAAGUGUGAUUGUAAUUGGUGCAUUUUGAAUAAAAGAGCACCUUUGUUUUGCCUUUGUCACAUCCUGUAGACAUGUCUGACACCUACUGGAUGGUUAGUGGACAACCCUAAUUUAAACAUUUGGAGGUGAAACUUUAAACACAAGUGAAUGAACUUGACUCCCAUUGUUUAUGAAUUACGUGCACUGUGUACAGUCUGUACGUGCACUGUGUACGGUCUGUAUGUGAGCUGUGUAUGGUCUAUAUGUGCACUGUGUACAGUCUAUAUAUGCACUGUGUACAGUCUAUAUGUGCACUGUGUACAGUCUGUAUGUGCGCUGUGUACGGUCUGUAUGUGCGCUGUGUACGGUCUGUAUGUGAGCUGUGUACGGUCUGUAUGUGAGCUGUGUACGGACUGUACGUGCAGUGUGUACGGUCUAUACGUGAGCUGUGUACGGACUGUACGUGUAGUGUGUAUGGGCUGUAUGUGAGCUGUGUAUGGUCUAUAUGUGCACUGUGUACAGUCUAUAUGUGCACUGUGUACAGUCUGUAUGUGUGCUGUGUACAGUCUGUAUGUGCGCUGUGUACACUCUGUAUGUGAGCUGUGUACGGACUGUACGUGCAGUGUGUACGGUCUGUAUGUGAGCUGUGUAUGGUUUGUAUGUGAGCUGUGUAUGGUCUGUAUCUGAGCUGUGUACGGUCUGUAUGUGAGCUGUGUACGGACUGUACGUGCAGUGUGUACGGUCUGUAUGUGAGCUGUGUAUGGUUUGUAUGUGAGCUGUGUAUGGUCUGUAUCUGAGCUGUGUACGGUCUGUAUGUGAGCUGUGUACGGACUGUACGUGCAGUGUGUACGGUCUGUAUGUGAGCUGUGUACGGUCUGUACGUGCAGUGUGUACUGCCUGUAUGUGAGCUGUGUAUGGUCUGUAUCUGAGCUGUGUACGGUCUGUAUGUGAGCUGUGUACGGUCUGUACGUGCAGUGUGUACUGCCUGUAUGUGAGCUGUGUACGAUCUGUACGUGCAGUGUGUACUGCCUGUAUGUGAGCUGUGUACGGUCUGUACGUGCACUGUGUACUGCCUGUAUGUGAGCUGUGUACAGUCUAUAUGUGAGCUGUGUAUGGUCUGUAUGUGAGCUGUGUACGGUCUGUAUGUGAGCUGUGUAUGGUCUGUAUCUGUGCUGUGUACGGUCUGUAUCUGUGCUGUGUAUGGUCUGUAUGUGAGCUGUGUACGGUCUGUAUGUGAGCUGUGUACGGUCUGUAUGUGCAGUGUGUACGGUCUGUAUGUGAGCUGUGUACGGUCUGUACGUGCAGUGUGUACUGCCUGUAUGUGCGCUGUGUACUGCCUGUAUGUGCACUGUGUACGGUCUGUAUGUGAGCUGUGUACGGACUGUAUGUGCAGUGGGUACGGUCUGUAUGUGAGCUGUGUACGGUCUGUAUGUGCAGUGUGUACUGCCUGUAUGUGAGCUGUGUACUGCCUGUAUGUGAGCUGUGUAUGGUCUGUAUGUGAGCUGUGUACGGUCUGUAUGUGAGCUGUGUACAGCAGGGGUGCCCAAGCUCGGUCCUCGAGACCUGCCUUCUUGACACUCUUAGUUGUCUCUCUGUUCCAACACACCUGAAUCCAGUGAAAGACUCAUUAAAAUCCUGCUAACGAGUAGAUCACAAGGACUGAACUUGGCCACCCCUGGUUACAGUGUGUAUGUGUGCUGCAUGUGUAUACAUUGUAUGUUAUGUAAGUGUAUUUUCACUCCAACACUUUUUAAUGAUUGUUAUAAUGUGAUUUAUCCACUUUGCUAAGUAUUUGUGCACCAAACCUAUUAUUUGUGUUGUCUCAUUGUGUGGGUUAUA